ACUGGAAUGUAGAUUUGUCUCAAAACUGCACCUCUUUUGUUGUUUCUGGAAAUUCUUGCUUCUUGUUUCCGUAGAUGGAGUCUGCUGCAGCGAGCAACGCUAUGUCUAUGUCGUAUGAUCCCAAGAAGCCUGUCGAUACAAUCGAGGAGGUGAACGACUCUCCGGUUGAGGAAGUGCGGCUAACAGUAGCGAUAACGGAUGAUCCUACGCUGCCAUGUCUGACGUUUCGGACAUGGGUGUUGGGGAUGAUAUCAUGUGCAGCUCUGGCAUUCUUGAACCAGUUCUUCGUCUAUCGCCAGAACGCGCUCUCUGUAACGUCUGUAUCCGUUCAGAUUUUAGUCCUCCCGGUCGGGAAGCUCAUGGCUGCAACUCUGCCAACCAAGGCAUUCAAGAUUCCCGGGACAAAAUGGUCCUUCACAAUGAAUCCAGGGCCCUUCAACUUAAAGGAGCAUUGCCUCAUCACCAUAUUCGCCAACACAGGCGCUACGAGUGUCUAUGCAGUCAACCUCAUCACUAUCGUGAAGGCGUUUUAUCAUCGCAAAAUCGACCCCGUGGCAGCUAUGCUACUCACACACAGCACACAGCUUCUAGGGUAUGGCUGGGCUGGAAUUUUCCGGAAAUUUCUGGUGGAUUCCCCCUACAUGUGGUGGCCUUCCAACCUCAUUCAAGUGUCUCUCUUCAGAGCAUUGCAUGAGGUUGAAGUCAGGCGAAAAGGAGGCCUCACGCGCCUCCAAUUCUUCACCGCGGUCUCUGUUUCGAGCUUCUGUUAUUACAUAAUCCCCAACUAUUUGUUCCCAUCCAUCACCGCGCUCUCCUUUGUUUGCUGGAUAUGGAAAGAUUCCGUAACAGCACAUCAGUUAGGAGGAGGGAUUAAAGGCUUGGGACUCGGCUCGAUCGCCCUUGAUUGGUCGACCAUUGCAGCUUUUGUAGGCAGCCCUCUGGCAACCCCUGGCUUUGCUAUAAUCAACUUGAUGGUUGGCUUCGUACUGAUUGUGUAUAUCGUGAUGCCAAUAGCCUAUUGGAACAACCUCUACAACGCAAAGCGAUUCCCCAUCAUAUCCGCACAUGUCUUUGAUGCAACCGGAGCACCAUACAACAUAUCAGCAAUCCUGGAUGAGAAAACUUUUGAGUUCAACAGUCAGGGAUAUGCUAGUUACAGCAAGGUUAACCUCAGCAUCUUCUUCGUAUUGAUCUACGGUCUCAGCUUCGCUGUCAUGGCAUCUACUAUAUCGCAUGUAGCGCUCUUCCAUGGAAGAACAAUCUGGCGGCAGACCAAGGCCUCAUUUCACGACAAGUUCGGAGACAUACACACUAGGUUGAUGAGGAAGAACUAUGAACCUGUCCCUCAAUGGUGGUUCCAUGGCCUCCUGAUGGUGGUUCUUGCGGUGUCCAUGCUUGCCUGCGAAGGCUUCGGAAGGCAACUACAACUCCCUUACUGGGGCGUAGCGUUGGCUAUCGCGUUGGCCUUGGUUUUCACCCUUCCUGUGGGUGUCAUUGCAGCCACAACAAACCAGACAGCAGGGCUGAAUGUGAUCUCCGAGAUGAUCAUCGGCUACAUGUACCCGGGAAAGCCUCUAGCCAACAUUGUCUUCAAGACCUACAGCACCAUAAGCAUGUCGCAGGCCAUUACGUUCCUCUCGGAUUUCAAGCUCGGCCACUACAUGAAAAUCCCUCCAAAAUCGAUGUUUGUGGUUCAGCUCGUGGGGACGGUGAUCACUUCCUUAGUGAGCUUCGGCACGGCCUGGUGGCUCCUCACCUCCAUAGAAUACAUCUGCGACGAAACAAAGCUACCUUUAGGCAGUCCGUGGACCUGCCCGUUGGACGAUGUCUUCUACAACGCUUCCAUAAUCUGGGGCGUGGUGGGGCCCCUCCGCAUGUUCGGGAAGCUAGGGCUGUACCCGGAGAUGAACUACUUCUUCCUGUUGGGGCUGGUGGCGCCCGUCCCCGUGUGGUACUUUGCACGCAAGUACCCCGAGAAGAGAUGGAUCAGCUGCAUCAACAUGCCCCUCAUUCUGUCAGGGACAAUGGGGAUGCCGGUAGCCAAAGCUGUGAACAGCGUGUCGUGGUUUGCAGUGGGGAUCAUCUUCAACUUGGUGGUGUACCGGAGAUUCAAGGGGUGGUGGGCUCGGCACAACUACAUCCUCUCGGCUGGCCUUGACGUCGGGGUGGCCUUCAUGGGGACGCUCUGCUACUUCACCUUGCAGUAUUAUGACAUCGCCGGGCCUAGCUGGUGGGGCUUGCCCAUCGACGAUCACUGCCCCUUGGCCAACUGCCCCACCGCGCCCGGUAUCAAAGUUGAUCAAUGCCCUGUCCACUGACACACACAACACUCACUCAACUUUGCAAUUUCAUAUCAAAAUCCUGCUUUCAAUCAACUUGAGAUGCUUAAUACUAUUGAACAUAAAGAAGCUGUUUAGCUUCUUCCCAUCUUCCUGCAAGAAAUAUGAUCAUUAGUCUCAAAGAAACAUUGCAAUUCCAUGAUGAUUGUCACUAGUAGCUAAAAGAGCUAUCAACUGAUUUUAUCAAUCUUGA